AUGAAGUGGAGUGUCCGGGGAGCCUGCGCCGCGCUCUCCAGCUGCCUCCUGCUCGCCUGCGCGCUCAGCGCCGCCGCCGUGGGCCUCAAGUGCUUCUCGCUGGGCUCGGAGCUCAAGGGGGAGCCCUUCCGCCUGGGCACCGCCGCCGGCGCCUUCUACUCGGGGCUGCUGCUGGCCGCCGGCCUCUCGCUGCUGGGCUCGGCGCUGCUCUGCUGCCGCCCGCCGGAGGGGGAGACGGCCGCGGCCGGGGGGCAGCAGCCCGCGGCGGCGGGGGGCGGCGAGGCGCCGCCGGGGGGCCGGCAGAACUUCCUGCUGCUGGGCGUGCUGGUCUUCAUGCUGGGCGUGCUGAGCGCCUUCGCCGGGGCCGUCAUCGACGGCGACACGGUGUCGCUGGUGGAGAGGAAGUACUCGCACUACUGCGGCCCGGCCCCGGGCGGCGGCGGGGGCCCGCGGGCGGCGGCGGCGGGCGCGGCGCUGCGCUGCCAGAAGCUGCGGGACUACCAGCGGGGCUUGGUGCUCUCCACCGUCUUCAACGCGCUCGAGUGCCUGCUGGGCCUGCUCAGCCUGCUGCUCGUGCGCAACUACAAGGCGGCCCAGCAGCGCGGGCUCCGCCGGCAGCGCCGCCGCCAGCAGCGCCCGGCCCCGGGCGGGAGGCGGCGGAGGCGGCGGCGGGGCGGCGGCGGAGGAGCGGGCGGGCGGCGGGCGCCGCGGCCGAGCCAGGGCUCCAUCUUCUCCAGCGAGGAGCCCGAGCUGUCCCCCGCCGACUGCCCCUUCCAGGCCGUCUCCUACAUCAACGUGGGCGUCUUCCACGUGUUCGACGAGGCCGGCGUGGAGGUGCACUGCGGCGGGCACCCCUCGCUGGAGCUGCCCGGCUACUCGCCCAUGGACCCCGAGCUCAACCCCUCCUACCCCUACUGCUACCCGCUGCCCCAUGAGCAGCCCCCGGCCUACGAGGAGAUCUACCCGGGGGAGCCCAGCGCCAACAGCAGCUAG